AUUGGAACUAUUCAAGCGGGUCGUUUAUUAUGUGUGUUACUUUCAGUACAUAUGUGAUCCGAUGUAGACGUUGUACGAGUUGUAGUUGGUGCGAUGAGCGCUUUAAAGCAUCUUAUAUUUCUCUACUUUGUUCUGAAUACGAACUUGCUUGCUGUUAUUGUUGUCAAAGACCUAACAGCAGAUAAUUUCGUCCGAAAAUUUGAAGAUGCGGAAGCUCUUUUUGGUGCACCAGUAGUUGAAGAAUCCCUGCUGCUUGUAUGUUAAAUUUUAAAUUGUUAUAAGUACAGGGUCGGAUACACGCUUCUAAUCCACUGGACGGUUGUGUAAAUGAAAUUCCUUUGCCGCCGAAUGCUUCUAUGUCUUCUCUCCCUUAUAUAUCACUUAUCAAGCGUGGAAAUUGUUCCUUUAUUGAAAAGGUAUCAGCAGCAGAGCGGGGCGGCUACAUUGCAGCUAUUGUUUACAAUGACGUAGAUGAUGGGUUUUUUCCCAUGGGUUUCAAUUCAUCAGCCACAGAGGUGAAUAUUUCUUCAGUAAUGAUUGGAAUGUCCGAUGGUGAAAUAAUACGAAAAAAUUACUGUGCUUCGGAUUACUUUGCUGAAAUCUUACCUACUCGACACCGAAAUAUCGCGCUCUAUCUUAUCCCAUUCAUAACUUGUGUGCUCAUAUUUGUAGUUGGAUUGGGUACAGCGUAUAUAGUUCGCUGUUGGAGUCGAUAUAGAAGACGACAUCGGUUUUGCUUACCUGUUAGCGAGUUGAAUAAAAUACCCGAAUCUGUAUUUGAUAAAAAUUCAUGUCAAUAUGAAACAUGUGCGAUUUGUUUGGAAGAUUAUAAAGAUGGUGAAAAAUUGAGGAUAUUACCAUGCAAACAUGCAUACCAUAGCAAAUGUGUAGAUCCAUGGCUUGUAAAGCGUCGCAGUUGCUGUCCCAUAUGUAAGAAGAGAGUUCGUAAUCAGCCUAGAAUUGAUAUUUCACGCUUUACACGACUGCGACGAAAUUCUGCUACUACUUCAGAAGCUCCACUUUUAAAUGACUCAUCCUCUUUUGAAGAAGAUUCAGAUUUAGAAAGCAGUGGUUCAGCUGAUCAAGAUGAUAUAACUUUUUCUACAGGCGAUUCUCCGGAAACUCGUAGUCCGGCUCCAAACGAACGUACUCCACUUAUUAGUACUACAAGUGCUUAUCGGCCCAGUGAUUCAACACUUCAACGCAUGAAGGAUGCCGCUUUAGUUUUCGAAGGUUUGGAAGGUACUCUUGGAGGUGGGUCUAGUCAUCCUUCCAGUAGCAGUACUUCCUCCAAUCAAUACGGAGCGACUAAAAAUGCGGCUACACCCAAAGAAUUGCAAUCUGAAUGUUCUAUAGUAGCUAGUGAACUCAUGCAAAGAGAUGAUCAGAAAUGGAGUGAAACAACAGAUGGAGCAGAAGAAAAUACUAACAUUGUGACGCAUACUUCAUUACUUUCAAUAGAAGUAACUCAUGUUGAAGUACACACCGAUAGUGGUGCAUGUCUUCAUCAACCACAGGUAUAAGGGAUUCUCAUCGCCCCUUUUAUCUGAUCUAAUUUGAUCUGAAUUUUUUAAAAAUUUUUUGUUUUCUUUCAACUCUCAGCUAUUUAUCU